AUGGCUUUCUGCGCGCCCUGCAAUCGAGUGUUCAAAAACGACGCCGCGCUGGCGAUGCAUCUACGAGACAGCAAAGCGCACGAUUCGGACCCAGACCCAGCGGCGACAAUGGAACAGGAGGAAGAUGUCUGGAAGUGCGUGCGCUGCGAGGCGGAGUUUGAGUCGCAGGAGGGGUUGACGAUGCAUGUGCUUUCGUCUGAGAAGCAUUUCGCGUGCAUGACGUGUUUGGAGGAUGGGCAGUGGGAGGACUUUUUGACGAAGAGGGCUUUGAAGAGCCAUAUGUGGGGGAAGCACAAGCCCGAUUCAAGCCAGAGAAGCGGUGAGUCGAAGAAGAAAGAUACCAAGGGGAAGGGCAAAGGGAAGGUAGAAGUGCGAGAGACGCCGCUGGAUGGGUUCUUCACUUCGUUUACGGGAUUCGUGUACGAUCCUCAUUUGUCGCCGGAAGCCUCGUGGAAAAAACUGAGGAGGUUUCAGGACUGGAAGGGUCUUUCGCCUGAUGGUAGGAGGAGUGAUGAGGAGAAUCAUGCAUGGGGGAGAUAUCAGGUGGCGCUUGUGAGAGAGGUUGAGAUGUGGUUUGGGGAUGAGAAGGAUUUGACGGCUUGGAGGACGCUUUGUAAGGCGGUAGGGGAGGUUGAUCCGCCGGAUAAGAUUCGAGAAUGCAAAAAGAUUCUUCGGACCACGCACGUCAACAUUGUCGAUUUGAUAGACUGGGGCAGGAAAGGCGGGGAUGAGAAUGAGGGGAAGAAGGUCAGGAUAUUCAAGUCUGUGGGGGAGCUGAAGGAGUACACUGUGAAACACGAUAAGGUGUUUGCAAGGGAGUUGCUGAAGCAGUACCACGGAGGGAAUGUGGUGAUGAAGCACUUGUUGAGGGUGUUUUUCACAAAGGGACGACAACUGGUGUACAUGCGGUGA